AGGAAACACUGCAGCAGGAUCACAACAUCAUACAGAAAAUCAUGGACUCUAACUUCAAAGGCAUCUUGUGGCUGGCACUCGUUCUCUUCACUCUGCCUCGGCUCACCUGCCACAUGAACUGUCCUCCAAAAUGCACCUGUAAGGAUCAAGUUAACUGUUACGACAAAACCAUCAAAGAGGUACCGAGGGAGCUUCCUCCGAACACAACCAAGCUGCAGCUUUUUAACACCAAGGUGAACGAACUGAAUGAGCACAGCUUUAAAUUCCUGCCCCUGCUGUCACGUUUCCUGUUGGUCAAAAGCCAACUGCACAUCAUCCAUCCCAUGGCCUUCCAUUCUGUUUCAAAGAUCAGGUCCAUCAUACUGGUGUCCAGUUACCUUUCCAACCUUCCUGCUAAGGUUUUCAGUACGCUCACUGAACUGGUUCAGCUAAGUUUAGAUGAGAACCAGCUGGAAACCAUUUCUCCAGAAUUGUUCAAAGGACUUGUUGCGUUGGAGGAUUUGACCCUGAGCUCGAACAAACUGAAACGUCUCACUUCAAAUGUUUUUGAUGACUUGGGCAACCUCAGACUUCUGAACCUCGGCAGGAACUCCAUAUAUGAGCUUCCAUCUACCAUAUUUCACAGUUUGACUAAACUUAACAAGCUUUAUCUCUAUCACAACAAGUUGGAUGAGCUGCAACCUGGGAUCUUUGAUAGACUUGUCGCCCUUGAGGAGCUAAGAAUGCAACAAAGUCAGAUAAGCAGUCUUCCUCCUCGGGUGUUCUGGCAGCUAAGGAACCUAAAGGUCCUCUAUCUGUCCAACAAUCAACUUCAGACUGUCCCAAAAGAGAGUUUCUACCAUAUGCCAAUGCUGAGGUCUCUUACCUUACAUAAAAACCCGUUGAUUUCUCUUCCUGAUCAGCUAAUGGGUCACAUGCCUGACCUGAGAGAAUUUAAUUUGUAUGGAACCAAUCUCACCACUGUUCCUGGAAACCUUUUUGCUAAUAUGUCUGGACUGUUAAGUCUAAACUUUGGGUUGAAUGCUUGGCUGAAAGACUUGCCUUCAGACCUCUUCUGCUGCCUCCCCAACCUUCAAAAUCUCACACUGCAAUCCAACAACCUCCAUCAUCUUCACACUCAGCUGUUCUCAAGACUAACCUCACUACAAAUACUUCGUCUUCAUCAAAAUAAGCUGCAGAACCUACCGUGGGACAUUUUUCAAGGCCUUGGAAAACUUUCAAUCAUUGAUUUGAAAGAAAACCAGCUCAAGACUCUCUCAGGUGAUAUUUUCUUAUCAAAUGUAGCUCUGAGAGAGGUCCAUCUGAGUAACAACACCUGGAACUGUAACUGUAGCAUCAGAGGUUUUGCAAAAUGGAUAAGAGAGAAUGAGCAUGUGGUUCCUGACAGAGAAGAUACUCAAUGUCUUAGUCCAAUGCAAAAAGUCAGUCGUGCCCUUAACUCUCUUCACGACAAGGAGUUUGACUUUUGUGAUGCUACAACAGUCAGUUAUUUCACAACAUCGCUGCAGACUCAAACCACCACCUUGCUUGAUAUAGAGGAGUUUUACCCCACCACAAAGACUUUGGUGACUGAUGGCAGGUCCCUUUCUUUCUAUGACAAGUUGAUGGUUGAGAACGGUCCAGAUUUUGUCCACCACAACUUUCACAGCGGCUGGGUGUACGUGUGGUCGCUGCCCACUGAUACGUCCCUGACAGGGCUCCUCAUGUUUAGUCACAUCUUCCUUGUGACCACAGGCGUGUUUCUUAUUCUUGCUACCAUGUAUGGCAUGUAUCGCCUUGACAGGAUUAUGGACGAGUUAAUGGCUUAGUCAGCAAAAACAUAUGGGUAACACAACAUGUUAUCAGUCCUGCUGCAUGAGAGAAAAAGAUAAACUGUCCUCUUCCAGUGCUGCAGUUUCCUGUUGUUGAUUCAGUUGUUUAUUCAGUAAUAAUACAAGAUAUCUACCAAUUAGGUAUUGAUAAUAACUAGUUGCAAUUUGAGGGCUGAUCAACUAUGUCUAUAUUUAUUCUCUAACUUAUAUUAGAGAAACAAAUAUCUUACUGUGUGGAAUUGUGUCAUUUGCACACUUAAAUCCGCUUUUUCUUAUUUUAGAAUAUUAAUUGUCUUGUUCUAUUACAAAAUAAUCCAAAUGAUGUUUGGAGCAAAGUUAAAGUCACAUCCAGACUCUGUACAAAAGUUAUUUUCAAUUCAGGAGAGCAAAUAUGAUUUAAGAGGUGUUUGUAAGUUUACUGUACAAAAUGCAAAAUGCAAAAAAUAAAAAUAAAAAACGUGUUUCAAUAGUUAGGGUUUAAUUAAUGAAUGAUUCUUACUUGAGGCUAACAAAUGAGAAUAAUGUAUCUUUAUUCUUCUGGGAGCUGGUAGCUUAAUUGAAUAAGAAUGUAGGAUAGUCUUGUUCAGUCACUACUUAGUACAUCAUUGUUGAUUUUGUUUUAACUGUCUAUAUUGUUUAAAAAUAUUGUAUUUUGUAUGAAGGCUUAAAAAAAUACUCAAAAUCUUACAUCUUAGUGGUUGAAACGGUUGUGAUGGGGAUUUUCAACUUCUUUUUACUCCUGUGUGUACAGGGUUUUUGGACUGAGUCGGUCAGGCAGACUAUUAGAAAUAAAAAGCUUAAUGGUAUUUAAGAUGAGGGGGGUUCAGUGUAACAUAAUUUAAUAUAAUAUUUCAGUUUCAAUGACAGGGGGAGUCUUAUGUUUAUCAACAUUUCUUACCACCUAUUUGCUCAAUAUUUAAUAUUAGAUAUAUUGCAAACUAUGCCAAUUCUUAGGUUGAAUGUUAGCCCAGAAGGAUAAUGAUUGGGAAUCUUAAUUAAAGACUGAUCAGUAAUUUUGGUAAUUUUUGGAGUAAAAACGUGCAAACAUCUGCUGCCCAGCUUCUUUGAUACAGAGAUUUUACAUGUUGUUAAUGUUACAUGGACCAAACAAUGAAUAAGUUGAUAAGGAAAAUAUAUAACAUAUGAAUGGUGAAAAUAUUUUUAGUUUGAAAUGUAGAUUUUCUUUGAGAUGAAUAAAAUGUUUUAAUUUGUCUAAUUUUGACAAAACAAUUAUCUUGAAUUAUAAGUUGGUAUGUGUCAUUGCUUUGAUUGUUAAAUAUAUUAGCUUAUAGCAGUGUGUUAAUUGUUUGUGUCACUGUUCAUUACUUUGUUAAAACUGAAGGAGGGUGUAUUUUAAGCUUCAUAAAGACAAUUACGUCAACAUCGCAAGCUAUUUGUCUCCCUCUGGUCGCGUCAUCUCUGAAUUUCAUGAGGAGGCAAUGCAAUCAUUUAAUAAAUACUCAAAUAAAUAAGAUUAUGACCAAAUGUUAUGUAUAUUGUUUUAUUUUUUGAUUACAUAUGUAAAAAAUAAAUGAUUGUUUUCUGUUCAUUGUAGGUUUUUCUGCAGCUGAGGCGUGUAAAAAUGCCAUCAAGUUUUCAUAAUGAUGUAAUUCCUGCCUCACCCAGCAGUAAUUAUGUUGUUUUGUUUUACAUCUGGAGUCUUAAAUGCAUCAGACCAAGGCCACACCUUACGUUACAGCUGACACAAGCAAAAUCUAUAACAUCAGUUUGAGAUGGAAGAUAGUUAGUGGGUAUUUGAGAAUAUGUGAAUGUGUUGGUUUUACACUUCUCUUCUUACACUUUCUAAAGAGAAAGUGAGCUCAGUUGGUUGUUGGGAUUUGAUGGCUUAUAUUUCUAUCACUUAAAUUAAAGUCUACCAAUACAUGUAGUCGUACUGUAUUAUCUUGUA